UUAGUUUUAAACGCUGAAAAACACGCUGUUGCCUCGUCAGAAUCGGAAAAUAAGCGAUAAGCGGGAAAACGAAAAGUAAAACACAACAAGCAAAAUGAUUUUGUUGAAUUUGUUGGUUCUCCAAAAUUGGUCUCUCACCAGAAGAAAAAUACUACCACAAGUACUAAAACCACAGAACCAUUGGAAUCGAAUAAUAACAAUUUUGAAGGAGGUGAUGCAGAACAGAACAAUGAGAGUGAUAUCUUAGCAGACAAUAUUACUACAGCGCCAAUAGUAAAUGAACAAGUAGACGAUGACGAUAAUUUCUCUAACUUUGUAAUUGAAUUUAGGAGAACGAUGACAGAUAUUCAAUUACAACUGCAAACUUUGGAAAAUAAACAGGAACAGAUUCAGGAGACUGUAAAUAUAAUCCUGACUAAAAUUAAUAAUGAACAAUACCAUAAGGAAGACAUAACCAUAAAGGACAAUAAAAUUGGAAAAUACCUUCCAUUAACCACAAUUGAAGACUUGCUUCAAUUAGAGGAUAUAUUGAAAAAUGAUGAUGAGGCUUCAAUGCAAGUUGUUAAUAAAGUAUUAUUAAUAGGAGGAAAGAACGAAAAAGAUUUCCUUCGAAGAACUUUAAGCGCAAUGUUCACGGAUAACUUAACAUCAAUGUGCUCAUGGACAGGGCAAAAAAACAACUUCAAAGUUGGGGAUACGCAAAUUAUAAUGAGUAUUAAAAAAGCUUUUAGAACAACAUUUCCUCGAGUCACCGAAAGGGAUUUCGAAUUUACAGUGAUGGAAUGGUUCCGAUUUUCCAAUGUUCGUAGACAAAGAAAACUUUAAAAAAAGUCAGCGAGACAUUGAAGACAGGCUCACCAAUGAUCUCAAUGAUACUGCUGGCAAAAAUUGUCCUUCCCGAUGAAAUAUCCAAGGAGGAGCUUUUCAUAUGUC